CAGUUAAUUUCAUGUGGAAAAAACUAGUUUUACUGGUGAGAGUUUGAGUCAGUGGCAGACAAUUGAGUCCAGAACUGACGUCUUGUCUUGUCUUACUUACCCUCACUCUAGGUAACUCCCCCUCUGCAUUCUCAAAGGCAAGAAAUCACCCUAGACAAAAACCCCUGGUACAUAAGGACCAAGUUUCUUUAAAAACCUCCAGGUUCCCUAAGUUUCAAAACUUGGAUGUAUUUACCAAGAAGCCAGCUGUGGGUGGAACCAUUCCCAGCCCUUUGGGGCCUUGGGCUGUCCUUGACCUGUAGUUCUUCUCUCCGUCUGGUUCAGGUCAUCUCUACUCCUGUAGCUCCAAUUCUGGAAUCUUAUUUACUACCUCUCAGAUUUCCUUUCAAAGGUCAAAGCAGAAUUCAAGGCACAGCUGGGUGAAGGGCAUGCUUGGCAUCUUAAAGAGAAUUAGGAAGUUUGACUUUGGUGGCUUGAGACAGGUUGCUUUGUGACUGGAUUAAUGGUUGACAUUCCGUACUUGGACCUGGAGCGGAUCUCAGUUCAGCUUCCAUGUGGAAAGGCAUGCUCCCUGCCAGGAGGGCGUUGGGUAGGGGACCUGCAUGUGUGGGACUUGGCUUUUCAAGAGGCAUGAGGUGCUGAUGACAGGCUGGACUUGGCCCCUGGUGGUGGUAUAAUUUAAAACACUGACUCUCAGAGUGGUGAGGGAGAAGAAACAGGAACUAUAAGGGAGAAGUGAGGGCCACCUGGGGAAAAAAACCAGCAAGAGUAGGGAGGGCAGUUUUGAAACUGGGAGUGGGAGGUCGCUUGAAGCCUGAUUUCCUCCUGUAGAUGCCAUGAGGAUUCCUGACGCAGAGGUCAGCCUCUUAGGCCUGUCCUUCCGGAGAUAUCCUCUAGGAUUCUGGCCUCCUUUUGCUUAGGACAGGCUGGCUGGGUUUUUUAGGAUCUCAGGCAGCUAGACCUGCAGCAACAUGGAGGAUCAUGCUUAACUCUUCUCUAGUGGCCCAAGCACCCCUGCAUCCGUUUAUUGGUUGGACCACUCCUGAGCAGGUGCAGGAGACUGGGUGUCUGAGAGUGCACCUGACUCAGCUGAAAGCAGUUCCUGCUGCCUUCAGCGGGCUAUACGCCCACACUGGUAUUUUGGUCAGUGUUACAGAACCACUGAGCUAUCUGGCCCAGGCAAAAGCCUCUGGCCUGCCCUGCCCCCAGGAGCUAGCUCUCUAUAAAAGGGCUGAGCCACUCAGCUCCUCUCACUGGGGGUGUGAAGAGCAGGGGGGGACCAUGGAUGUCAUCAGCAUCCAGCAGUUGGUAUGUGGAGAGAGAGUUGAAAGGAAAGCGUUGGGAUGUGGACAUGGCGUUGCUGAUUGUGGAGGCGGGCCCAGAGCCUGGAGGCUGGGAGCCCAAGAGGCCGUGGCCCGGGAGCAGUGGAAACUCGAAGAAGAGAAGAAGAAGAAACUUGAGAGAUUGAACAACUCCAGACUGAAUCUGGAGACUCUGGCUGACUUGGAAAACUUGGUUCAAAGACGGAGAAAACGACUGAAACGCAGAGUCCCCCCUAGGGCACCUGAGCCCACGGUUAAGCUGCAGCCCCAGGCCCAGCUGGAGUCUGUGGACCUGGAGAUGUUCCUGAAGGCAGCUGCUGAGAACCAGGAGACCCUGAUUGACAAGUACCUGACAGAUGGAGGGGACCCUAAUGCCCAUGACAAGCUGCACCGCACAGCCUUGCACUGGGCUUGUUUGAAGGGUCACAGCCAGCUCGUGAACAAGCUGUUGGAGGCAGGUGCCACUGUGGAUGCUCGCGACUUGCUGGACAGGACACCUGUGUUCUGGGCCUGCCGUGGAGGACACCUGGACAUCCUCAAACAGCUGCUUAACCAGGGAGCCCAGGUCAACGCCCGGGACAAGAUCUGGAGCACCCCCCUGCAUGUGGCCGUGCGCACGAAACACUGUGACUGCCUGGAGCAUCUCAUUGCAUGUGGAGCCCACAUUGACGCACAGGAUAAGGAAGGGGACACAGCUCUACACGAGGCUGUGCGGCAUGGCCACUACAAAGCCAUGAAGGUACUGCUGCUCUAUGGAGCCAAGCUGGGCAUGCAAAAUGUGGCCUCAGUGACCCCGGUGCAGCUAGCACGAGACUGGCAGCGGGGCAUCCGGGAAGCUCUGCAGGCCCAUGUUGGGCAUCCCCGCACCCGGUACUAGUGACAGCAGACCUGCAGGGUCACUUCACAGCCACCAUUCCAUCCCCUUUACCUCCCAUCCUUAUGUCUUGUCAUCCGCACCCCUCUGUGGGUCUCACCUCAGUCCUUAUUCCUCUGUCCUGGGACUGCUUCCUCAGGCCAGUCCUAACAGGACUAAGCAGCAGCACUGAGGCCAGCAGGUGAAUAAAGCAGGCCUCCCUGGCCCGAGUCAGGGCUGACUUGUUUCCUGCCAGGGCACCAGCUAGGAAGGGCUGAUGCAGAGGACCACAGGGAAGCAGGGAACAAAGUGGGUCCAGAUGAGGAACAGUGUAGGGAGAGUGGGAAUCCAGGAUGGAGCGAAAAAUAAGUCCUAAACCUUGAGCUGCCCAGGGUUGGGUACUAGGUGUCCUUGGUGUCCCCUGAUCCUCAGUCUGGGAGACUGUGUCCCUCCCUCCGCGAGGGAGAGGGGGGCGGGGAUUCAGUACAUGGCUUGUGGCUGCCCUGGGGCAGGGGUUUCUCUGGGGAAUUCCAUUCCUAUCAGCAGCAACCCUGAUAGCAUGUGGAGUGGCUCUAGACAACUUUGGCCUUAGGGAUUCUGGAGGUGGGUCUGGCAGUCUGGAGGGGACGCUCAAUAGGUUUGAGGCUCCACUGCAGAAGUCCAGUACCAACCUGGUUGCCUCAGAAGCCCCAAGACUGAGGAGCUAGAGCUGAUGUUUAUUUUAGGGAAACUUUGUGCCUACUGCCUCAGGGCUUUGGUCAGCCUGCCUGCCGCUCUCUAGUUGACCAGCUGGUGGCGCUUCUGGUAAGGGUGAAGUGCCUGGGAGCUGGGGAUUGCUUGUGGCCCACCCAGCUUUUGGGGUGGUGGCCCGUAACCCUACUUACUUUGCCUCAGGCAACAUCGCCCUGGCACUAGAGCUUGAGCCUGGACCUUGCAGCUGCACCUGCUCUGCUUUCUCCCACCGCUGAGGCGGGACAUCGAGGAACUGGUGGCUCAGCCCUGGAGGGGAAGCAGAGGAGAGGAGCACACCUGCUGCUUUCCCUCCUCUGCUAAGUGGUGGCAGAUUUAGGACCCAGCUUCCCACGAGCUCUCCUGAAGGUCCCUUCCUUUCACUGCCUUUUCCGCUCCAUGGCGCACUGGCGCAGACCCGUACUGCUGGCAGGGCUGGGUCCUGAACUGGCAGAAAAUAAUUUUAAGGAACUUUGCCCUAAAUGGAGAACUACAAGCUGAGGCCCCAGCUUUAAGAUGAAGGGUCAGCCUCCCUCACAUACAUAAGGUACCUGGAUUGACAUCGACUUUGCAGUUCUUUCUAGUCUAACAUUGGUGGCCUUCUCGGGCCAAGCACAAGGCUAUUCUCAGGAUGUGAAAAAGCGACUAGAGCUCCCACCGGGGGCCACACACCUUCCCUUCUCACGGACAGCCCCUGCCCUGUGGUGAACUGUAAGGACAGUUCGCCCAGGUGCCAGAGCCAUAUGAGAAAUAGGUAUUCAAGUCCAUGGAGAAGACGACCCCCCAUCUAGAAAAUGGGGACCCUUACUUGACAGACAAAACACCAUUUUAUACGCAUCAAUAUUUUUUGUUCAUUAAAACUGGUUGACUAUCCA